CCAGAGCUGCAGGGCCGAAUGGUGUUAUGCGUUGCGGUGGACGGUGACUCCACCAUCGUCUCCAUCUGUCCUCGGGCAUCGUCUCUACACCACCGCCAGCACUGUGAAUCCAUCUCACGCAAUACCGCCAACACUCAAAAGAGCCCUACCCCUCGAACUGCUCGUAUCCUCGCCCCAACAGCUUGGACUCGAUCGUCCGACACUCUACUCUCCACGAUCCCAUCUCACUCCGUCAAGCAACGAUGGUAUGCUGAGGUGGGCACGACCAUUGGUGGCAUGUCAGAGAGCCGCCGAUGGCGGCCUUCGCUUCCCAUCAAAUCGGUAGUCGAGCAUCGUUCAGCAAUGGCCUCAACUACACCGACCAACACGUCCCCGCCGGCUCCUGCAAUUACCGCGAUCUCAGCAUCGGCACGCGAGCACCCGUCUGCGGAUGCCAGCGCUUCUACUUGAACGCAAGCUACUAUGCACAUCAAGACGCUGGCGCCGAACGAACGUGGUGCUUCUGCGGCCACCACGCCUGCUUCCAUAAUGACUUCAGUCCGCAACACACAUUGCAAGAGCAGGGUACAAGUGCUUCUAGAAUACUCAAGCUGCCCGAACAGCAUGAGACAAGAGUGCCAGGUGAUUUAGAUGGAUUGGCACCUGCGAUCUCUGGGAAAGCGCCAACGGGGCUGGGCAUUCGCGCAGACUCGCGUUCACAAUCCCAAUCCAUCAAUACCCGAGUCUGGCAGGCGUUGAACGAAUUUGCUCGUAAUCAAGACGAUGGAGGCGUGUCAGACACAACAUCCAAGCUUGCCUCGACCGCGCCGCCAAGCGUUAUUGACGACAACACUCGAGUCCAGUCAAGCCAUACCGCUCAACGACAACUGCAACCUCAUCGCUCGAUGCGCCCGCCAAUCAGUAUUCCACCUACGGUUGUUCAUCGACCCAACGAAGAUUACAGCGCGACCGAGGUGGCAACGCCGAGUAUCGCUGGCACGCCCGAUUUCCGAGCACUUGCUCCAGCACCUCGUCCCGUUCGAACCUCUCUAGACCUGCUGCGGCCUGGGCCAGUUGAUCGAGAUUUGCCCAGCAGUCGACAAGCAGAUGAAGUGCUGGCAGAGCAUGUGGACUCUCCCCAGGAGCGUCCGCAUGCCUCUUCUCAUGCACCCGCCUCGCUGCAAGAACUCCACAAUCUCAUCCGCACGUACAGCCAGCGCUUGGAGGUUCUUGAGAGCCUCUCUUUCUCCUAUGUAUCGCCCGAGGAAAUCCAAGAACGCUUUGAGCUCGUCGACGGCCGUCUUAUUGACCUGGAAUCCUGGCGUACGGAACAUGACCGGGAGCACCCAAGUCCAGAUCUACGCGACCCUCGCCCGAGUAGCAAACGUCGAAGACUCCUUCCGACCGAGACAGCGUCCUUUGGCUCCGAUGCUUCCUUUGACAGCAAUGCAGCUAUCCAUGCCGAAGCGGCCGUUCUCGCCACCUUGGCCGCCAAUGCAGAAACGCACCCACGCAUCGAUGCUCUGGAGAGUCGUGUAAUCGAUCUCGAGAAGGCUGCACUCCCAUCCUUCGCUCACCCAUGGCACGUGCAAGUCGCUCUACUACCCUGGGGCAGAGAGCUUAGGGGCAUCUGGUUUUCCUCGACCGAAUCGACGCAGCACUCCCUCCAGACACAACCCGAAGAGUGGACUGGAGGGCAAGCAGCGCCAGGACUGUCUUUUGGCGCAUCUGUUGCAGGUGCCUGGACAACCGAGUCGAUCGAGGCUUGGGCUAACGAAGCACAAGAGUGGUUGUCGCCAAAAGCUUGUGGGCCCAAUGGAACGGUAUUCAAGCGCCUAGCCAGUCGUGGCUUGGUUCAGGACAUCGUUCUCACCGCCGCUGAUGCACGGCACAUCUUGCACCGUGUGAGCGAGACCUUUCCAGAAAGCUGGCAGCGGCGAGCAGCAGAAGGUGCCAAGGAAUCUACGUCUUACCAAGGCCUCAGUGAGCCCUUUGUGCCUCUGAGAAAGGCCCGCAAGUCGUCCCGUUUGCGAUUCCUCAGCCCAUCGGAGUUGGUUACCUCGGCGACCUGGACUGCUGCUUUUCUAGACGCAAGCGUCUUUAUGAAGACUAACGGUGACCAGAGGAGACUCUACGUGACGGUUCCAGAAGCUUAUCUCCAGCCAGCCGACUCCGUGGACCUCACAUGGGCGCACAUCCGCGCGUUGCCCGGUCCUUCCACAGAGACCCAACCCUCCGCCGCCACUCAGCAACCCGUCUCUGAAACGUGCUGGGCAUACCAAACGAAUCUCGAUCAUGCAUUCAGCGCGCUCUCAUCGUUCGGCUCACACGCAUCUCAAUGGAGCACGCGCAGCCAAAUCGCCGACACCGCCGACCAAGCACAUAUCCGAGCACCGCUCUCCCCAAGCUCCGAGGCUCGCGUGCACGAGCACGCAAACCAUCACCGAUUCGUCUCGCUCCCAAGCUCAAUGUCCACCCCCGCCGCUGCACAGCACCUCGGGGUCAACGCCCCACAACGCCGCGUCGUCUCCCUCGACCCUACGACUAUAGGGCAGAAACACAGCUACUCCGAAGAAAGCAUCGACACCAACGGCAUGCCAACCACCAGCACUUCAACAGCAGCAGCAGCGCCCAAACGCCGCCGCAUCUCCCUCUCCCCCGAAGCCGAGCGCCGCGGCGUCAACUUCUCCCCGCGCUGGUCCCGCGAGCCGCCCUCGCCACUCACAGCCUCCGAAGCAGCGAUGGCAGGCACCGGCGCGAAUGGAAGCGAGAAUAACAAGAGCCCAGGAAGCCGCAGCAGACAGCAGCGGGGUAGUACGCCUUUUGCGUACGCAACGCCGCAUAGUAAUAGCAACUACGUUGGUGGUGGUGGUGGUGGUGGGCGAGCGGAUUUGGGGUUUGCAACGUUUGGGGAUGGGGAUACGGAGGUUGGGACGGAGGUUUUGGGGGGUGCGGCUGGGAGUGAGCAUGGGGAGGAGGAGUGGGAGGGGGUUGUUGAUGUUGAUGAUGAUGACGGGCUUGUUUCUGCGGAGCUUCGUGGAGAUUUGGAUUUGAGCGAGGGGGAGAGUCUGGAUGAAGAGCUGGAUGGUUGAUGGAGUGAUGAGGGUCGGGUUUUGUGUGGCAUUUUUGUUUUCCGGCAAGCGAGGGCGUUCAAUGGUGUUCUUUCAUAGCGACUGGGUGGGGGGUUUUUGCAUAAGACGGACGACACGACACGACACUUUGAUCUCGGCGGAUUAUUGGGGCCUCCCGACCGCCAGUGUAUGGAUGAGAGGGAAUCUCUGGUCAAUGUACUUGUAUCUAG